GUUGUUUGAAGUUUCUCCUCUGUGGCGCUAUUUCUGUAUUGUCCGCAAAGUAUGCGGGAAUACAAGCUGGUUGUGCUUGGCAGUGGUGGAGUUGGGAAGAGUGCCCUCACUGUUCAGUUUGUGCAAGGGAUUUUCGCUGAAAAGUAUGAUCCAACUAUCGAAGACAGCUAUCGGAAGCAGGUUGAAAUUGAUUCCCAACAAUGCAUGCUAGAGAUUCUCGAUACAGCUGGAACUGAGCAAUUCACAGCAAUGAGGGAUCUUUACAUGAAAAAUGGUCAGGGGUUUCUGCUAGUUUACUCCAUCACAUCACAGGCUACAUUCACUGAUCUCAACGAUCUGAGAAAACAAAUCCUUCGUGUCAAAGACGUUGACGAGUUUCCACUAGUUCUGGUUGGAAAUAAAUGUGAUUUGGAAGAUGAAAGAAGUGUGGGUACCGAACAGGGAAGAAACUUGGCAAAUGAGUGGAAGUGUCAUUUCGCAGAGACUAGUGCCAAGACUAAAUCUAAUGUAAAUGAGGUGAGCAUUUUACGUUGUUUCGUACAUAUUCAUUCAAAUUUAGUGUCAUUAUACACUCACAUGCACUCCGCUCAAAUUGGAAAUUCAGUUUUAGUGUUGCGAGCUCUCUAGUAUUUUUAUUGGGAUUCAUUAUCUCACGCCAGUCCGAAUUUGGUCGUAGGUUUUCCGACUGUCCGAUGUUUAGCAAUGAAAUAGUAAGGGGAUUUAAAGUAUUUCAAUCAGACUCAAGCAUUUUAAAGCUAUGAUUAUCUCCACAUUCGAGAUUUAUUCCAACUCGAAUAUUAAACAUUUGUAGUGAAAGCCGCAAAAAUGUAUCCUAAUUUAGACUAACGUGUCGUAUAUUUCACGAUCUUGUUCGUCAAAUUAAUGCGAAGACACCCAAUCCUGCAUCGAAGUCGUCGAAGAAAUCAAAAUGCUGUUGUCUGUGAAAUAGCAGUUUUGUAUGCUUUUAAUAUCUUGUUAUUUAUUUUCGCGUCUAUAAAAUGACUAAGCUUCACUAACUUACAUUCGAAAGCGCAUUAUUAACUUUGUUCUGACUUCGUGUAGUAAUUGUGCCCUUACUGUUUUUAUUCGCUGGUCUCAUUUUUUAAAUUUAGUAUAUUAUGUUGGCAUUCUUUUGUCCCAGCCUCUCUGAUGUUUCGUGUAGUUCUCACAAAGACAGUUUUGCUUCACUUGCCUGCUUCCUGAUUGAUGAAAUCAAAACAGGUCAUACCUAGUUCUGAAACAUCCUAAUCAAUAUAUGCCGUUUAAUUAGUAAUAUUUUAAUGUUUUUAAUCUUCAUUUUUGUUUCUUUCGACUUCGGUGUCAGAAUUUUUUGUAAUUUUCACGCUUUCUGCCUUAUACAAACUUCAGUUUUUUUUAAUUUCCAAUGGUCCGAUGUGGUGUGACAUGAUUAUCCAGUUAGGAUUGUGUAUAGUUUUUAACUGCUUCUUUUAUUAACUUUGUUUUAUUAUCACAUGUAUCGGUGAUACCCUUUUGUUUUCUGAUUUUACAAUAAUAUACGCUUUCAGCGAUCUCAAUCAUUUUUGGGAAAUAAACUUACAUUAUAUACAAUA